GCCGGUGGUUACGAGUACAUUGCUUCUGUGUGCUUAUAUCCGUAUUAUGUACAUAUGUCGGCCGAUUGUUUACCGAUAAGACGAGGUCGAGAUUUUUAAAUUGAUAUUCAUUGAAAGUAUGUAGUGUUGUGUGCUACAUAUUACCGGAAUAUCAUCGUAGACUAGGUUAGAUUCGGUAAAUAAUUGCUAGCACGCGCCAAUUAAUAGUUUGACCACCAUGGAUGUGCAGCAGAUUUUAGCUGAACAUUUUCCUGAUGAUGUGUCCGUCACUGACCUUUGUGAUUGUGGCCAUCACAAACGACGACAUCCUAGAAAUCCAAUGCAGGGGAGAGUCAAAAGAGUUCAAUUUCCAGAAACAGACUACCAAUCAACUUUCAAGGCUGCAAAACAGCCCCGUCCACGAUCUUCCAAGAGACCGCCUGACUCCCCAGGCGGUGUAAAUGAGGUUCUCAACAAGCCGAUCAGAAUGGUGUUUGACACAAAUCAGCGUGAUGACUUCAAGGAUCCUCAGGUCAAGGAACGCACCAUGGCAAUAGUUCCUGAUGCAAAUUACGAGGCACUAGAUGUACCCAUGGAGGGACAGACCUCUUAUUCUACCGAGUUCAUGAAGAAACCGCUCCCCAAGGAAUAUCGAGGGAUGGAGCCAGCUAGUAAUUACAUCAGUUCGUCUGCGAAGUUUGAUGAUAACACAACUAACAAAGACCAUUUUAAGAAAUGGGUGCGACAGCCGACGAUAACAUUUGGAGAGCUUCCAAGCUUCACAGGGUCUAUACUGUUCCCCAACACUAAAACCAAACACAGAAAUCAGAACAAGAGUGAGACGAAGGAGGAAUUUAAAGGCGAGUUCCAGAAGAGGCCGGACGCUGUCCGACUGGACGAGGCGAACAUUAAAAUGGAAGGUGAAUUCUUCAUGGACACAACGCAUAAUGAUACCUACAAGAAAAUUGAGGGGGUCCACAGGGCAGAUGCCUUCUUCCAACAGCCGAAAAUUGAUUUAGGAAAAAAGUUGGGGCGUUUCCAAAAGCAAACUCAGUCAAUGCAUGACUUUCCUGGAUAUGCGAAUGGAAUGCCCACCCGCAUGAGGCCUGCUUGUCCCCCUCCUUCGACUAUUGACCUCAGAUUUGAUAAUAAGAGAGCAUUUGAUACAGAACAACGGGCCAUCUACAGGGGUCACGACGUAGUCCAAAACCCAAUGGUAAAACCCUGCAAGUUCACGUCUGAUGAAUACAUCCCACCGACAGAGAAAUUUACUACAGAAACUUCUCAUAAGAAAGAUUUUGUACCUAUCGACAUCCAGACAAACUUCAUGAGACGAGCUUCUGCCCCUAGUACAAAUUAUGUCCAAAGUAGCCACAAGUUUGACGGUCAGACCACAAACAAAGAAUUCAUGAAAAACUGGGGACCACAGAAGCGUGUCCGGUACGGAGACUUCCACGAGAACCUCAACGUCCAGCCAGUCUCUAAAUUUGGUGGGAUCAGUGUUACCAAAGAUUCGUUUGUUCCCAAGGGCGUAGUGGAAACCAAGGAUUUCCGUCCACAACACAAGGCGAUAAAUAAAGAGGGAGAGAUUGUGUUUGACACUGUUUACAGGGAUACGUUCCAGAAACCAGUUGUUAAACCAUGCCGCGCUCAGAUCUUCCUGGCCAAACAGGAGAUAAUGAAGCAACAGCGGGCAAAGGCGAUAGCCUCGCACUAAAAGCUUGUCUGAUCGAAAGUGGCAGUCCUUCAUGACAUCUUAAAUGACCGCACCGUUCAGUGCCCAUCAUUUUAUUGGCUCAAUGCCUAGAGAACACUGACUAUAAAGUUGGUGAGAUGAGACCAAGCAAUAGGCAGAGUCAUGUAGGCGGUAAACAAGUGACUUACUGAGGCAAGAUCCCAAUUAUCAUUUGGCCUGUUUCUAAAAUGUUUUUUAUCAUAAAACAUAUAAAUGAAUUUCGUUCAAAGAACAUGUCUUAGUCCCAAACAGUGUUUCUUUACAAGCCAUAGUUCUAACAAUAUCUAUUGAUAUGAUAUUGUCCUAUGAAAUAUUACAUUUAUCAAAACGAUAAUUGAGAUUUCAUACAUUUUGCUGAUCAAAUAAUUUUUUAUGAUUGAUAAGAACACUUCUUAUAUCUGAUCUUGGCUUUAUAGGGAGUGGAGUGCACAGUAAAUGGCAAUAAUUUGUUGUUUUUUUGUGUCUGGAAACAUAUAUGGUGUAUCAUAGUGUAAUUAUUUUCUCUAUUAUUUCACCAGUAAGAAAUGUCGGCCAAAUUACACUAUUACUAGCAUUCUUGAAUCUGAACAGAUGUGGAGAUGAGUUACCUCCCUUUGAUAAUGCCUGCUGCAUAAAAUAUGAUUAGAUUUCAAAAAUGAGGAUUUUGAAAUUUAAUAUUGACUUCAUGUCAAUUUAAGUUGUGUAAAAUUGUCCUCCACUUUGAUACAUUUGAGAAUUUAAGCUGUAUGUAUAGCUUACUAAAACACAGGCGGUCUCAAUAUUCUCAUUAAAUAUUAGAUAAAUUGAUGAUUUAAUAUAUGCCCUGUAUAUUUUUUUCUCCAACAGUCAGAUGCUGAUAUAAAUAUGAGGCUUCAGCCUCAUGAAUUUUUUUCAUUGGAAAGCAGGAAACUUGCCUUAAAAUCUCUAAAACUUCCAUAUGGGAAGUUUUUAAGUUGUUUCAGUUAGGAUUAUUUUCUUUUUUUUUUCAAUCCUCAAAAAAUCCUUCAAAGCACAAAACUCCUUGAAAAUUACCACUUGUAUUGUAUCUUUUGGUGAUGAGAUAAAAUGUGGACUUUAACAUAUAACAUUCUAUUCAUUUACAGAAGAAAAUAAAACCGUUUUUAUUUGCGUUUUAGAAACUGCCUCUGAAGCAAAAAAACAUGUUAUUAUUAUUGUUUUACAGAAAUGUAUUAUUUAUAUAUUUGCCAGGUGAGUUUAUUGAAACCUCUCAGAGUUGCUAGGUUAAGAGUGAAGACAGUAUUUAAUAUAUAUUGUGCAAUGUAUAUUUCAUAGUUUCAAAAAUAGCUAGAAAAUAGACUUAAUCUACUAAUAAUUGCUCAAUGUAAUUGAUGUGAAACUUGUUUUUGGGGAACAAUGGAAAUGGCAUUUUAUUACGUAGCUUAUUAGUUUGUGGGAAUUUUAAUGUCUUGGCUGUUAACUCUAACUUGAUUCCAUAACAAUACUGACACAUAAUACUAUGUCUCACUAUUUCUAAAUAGAUUUUCUGUUGCUGUAUUUGCUGUAAUAUGUACCUAGGUCCUUAAUUGAUGAAAAGAUAGCCGCUAAUAAUGAUGAUUUAUUUAUAAAAAGGCCAUCAAGAGGUCAGAGGGGAAUUCGGGGCCACGAUAACUCAUUCAGGUAAGAGUGCCAGACACGUAAUCUUAGGUCUGGGGUGCAUGGUUUGAUCUCAGUUUGCAUUUCUUGGGAAGCUGAUAAACAGGCCAGUCAGUGCUCCCAUUUAUUACUGAGUGAGGUAGUCACCGACUACUACAAGGAGGCCCCACCUCAAAAUAACCCUAGCUGUUCACAGGGUAAUAACUCCAGCAGACAAACUAGAGGGGAAAGUGACUUCCUUGGUUCUGAAGGAUAAUUACUUCUUUAGUUCAUGUCAGGCAAAUAGUUUGAUCAUUGUUAUCACAUGAAAAUCCAGUAAGUCUGCCUGUGUAAUAUUUUUGCAUGUUUUACGAGUGUAAUAUACCAUGAAGCAUUUUUCAUUGGCAGUGCCAGACAGAAAUCGAUUGUGAUCUCAUGAAUUGAAGAUGGUGCAGCAAAAUUGCUGCAUGACUAUGUUUGAAUUUGUCCUCCACAUUUUGACAUUAAGACCGGUCAAAAUGUUAGUUUUCAGAGAUAUGUGAUAAAGAUCAGGUUCCAUUUUUACUUAAUAAUGCUGGUAAUUGUUAUAUAUCAUCAUAUGCUGAUGUAAAUUGAUUGAUGCAGAUAUAUUCAUUUACAAAAUAUUUUGUUCGAAAAAAAGAAGGGGCAUUUGAGCAAGAGGGGCUUAAAGGGGAGGGGCACUUAAUAUUACAACAAAUAUGGCAUAUAUAUAUAUGUACAUGUAAUUGUGUUGUUUUUUUUAAUAAGAAAUUGUUGUUUAUUGUUAAUGACAAAUACAUCUUAUGAAUCAUGUCAAUCAAAUAAAGCUUGUUAUUUUUUGUAAUUACCAGUAUUAUGUCCAAGGGAUAUUUUUAAAAAAAAUAUGGGUUAAGUGCUUUAAUCUCUAUGACUAUGAGCCGAGCCAAUCUAAAUCAAAAACCUAUUAUCAGUAGGUAGAUAAAAUUAUUACAAAUUAAUUAAUUAGCUCUUAAUCCAAGAAAAGUUUAUUUUUCUUAGUGUGAUGAAAGAAAUGUGUCAAAUAGAUUGUGCUUCAAAAUGUCAGAGACUGAGAUAGACUGACCUCAAACACGUAUAUAUGUAGAAACAAUUGAUUACUUUUCUGAUUCUAUUUGUAUCAAAUUUACAUAAAAAUCUGAGAAUUAUGUAUCAAAUUAUUAUUUCCAAAGGUCUUGAAUAUAAUAUUUUCUCAAUUACCUCCCUUGUGGGUAACAAGUCUUAACCACAAUGCGGUAUGCAUCAUUCUAAGUAUCACUCCCUUUGCGCCAAAUGUUGCAUAACACUAUCGGGAGAGUUGUGGAAAGAUAGCAUGUGAGAUUUGACUUUCUCAUGUCCCAGAACUGUAAAAUAAUAUUUUUAUAUAAGUUUUAUUGUAAGUGGUGCAUGUUUUAAGAGCUUUGCUUCCAUUUUCAAUACUGAAUUGAUUUAGUACUAUAAAAAUUCAUGUCGUGAUAAUUUUCAUUAUCUUUCAUGAAUUUCCAUACCGCACUUGUCUGACCUGAUUUUUCAGUAUUUUGUGUUAUAGUAUACUCCAUGUCUUUCAUUAUUUCAUAUACUGAAGUUUUAACUUAAUUUGUGUGUCUGUAUUUCUGAAAUAAUAAUUAACUCACUGAUCUGCCAAUAAUAUCUUCAAUCUUUCAACCAAAGAAUCUGAAUUGUUUUUGCUACAUAAAAGUUAAAUAAAUGAAAAAAAGUUAUUUUUGCCAUCUGGAUUUCACAUGUAAACUUUUCCCAUGGUAUUUUUAAACACGCAGGGCACUUAUUAGGUUGAAUGCAGUAAUUUACAUUUUGUGUCGCACCUAAUUUAAGUGAAAUUACAUCAUUUGUUUGAGUGUUUAUUUGGUAUAUUGUUGUGCACCAUGUAAAUCAGACACGUGAUUUUUCUUCUUUUUUUUCAAUCAUGGGGGCAACAUCUUGUAUUCAUAUUUAAUAUGUAUCAUUUAUCAUAUGUCCAAGCACUAUAGAGUCACCCUUAUUUCAAAGGGAAAUAAUCCAAAAGUACAUGUAAAUUCAGGAUAUGUUUAUACCAAACUGCACGUGAGAAUUAUACAAAUAUAAAUAUAUAGCAGUAUUUAUGUAAAUAUUUUUAUAUUUACUGUAUUUUACAAUAUUAUCUACGAUGUCAAACAAUAUAUUAUAUGUCACAAUGUGUAAAUUUUAUCAUUAAGUCAUAAACAUGUAUUUAUUCCACUCUGUAUCGGGAUUUCCCAGUCAAAUAAAUUCUGCCAAAUCUAAAGCACCUAGUACUAUUGGUACAUUUCUAUUUUUGAAUUUCAUAUCAAUUUGAUGAUGGAUGUUGUGUUUUCUUUUAAUUGUACAUUGUAUUCUAUUCCUAUUCACUCAGACUCAAACUAUAAAAUCUAAAAAUAGAGAGUCAAUAGAAGAUAUGUCGCCCUGCUAGUUAAAAUUAGCAACUAGACUGUGAGCUGUGAUGCAUUUUAAUGUCUACGCUUCGUUAAAGAUCUGUGAUGUUGAUUUUUCUGUGAUAUAAAUCUUUAAUUUCCUAACUACUGUUAAUCCAUUAAAUAAAAUUAAAAAUUAUAUAAACACA